UGUCUGUAAAUAAAAUGGUAGUUUUGUUAGCUGUCUGCUCUCUGGCCUCAAGUGAUUUCUUCCUAAACCGGCUGCCCCCAAGGAUAUAACAAGUGGCGACGAUAGAUGGGAUUCCAGUGCUGCUCCAUUAACAGAAGGAAGUAGAAGUCAAGGCAAAGUCCAAGAAGAGAUUGCAAGAGUUAUAGGAUCAGCCCAGCCACGAAUCGAACAUCGAACUAAAAUGCCGUAUAUGGAUGCAGUUGUCCAUGAAGUUCAGAGGUUCACUAAUAUCCUACCCAUGGACUUGCCUCAUGAAACUACUGAGGAUGUUACUCUUAAAGGCUACUUUAUUCCAAAGGGAACUUACAUCAUCCCCUUACUGGCCUCUGUACUGUGGGAUGAAUCUCAGUGGAAGAAACCAGAUACAUUCAAUUCUGAGCCUUUUCUUGACACCAAAGGAAAGUUUGUAAAGAAAGAGGCUUUCAUGCCUUUUUCAGCAGGUCGGAGGAUUUGUGCAGGCGAGACUCUUGCCGGAAUGGAGCUCUUCCUCUUCUUUACAAGCCUCCUGCAGAGGUUCACUUUCCAUCCUCCUCCUGGAGUUACCAGCUCAGACCUGGACCUCACCCCGGUGGUUGGUUUAACCACGCCCCUAAUGCCCCAUAAGAUCUGUGCUGUGCCAUGUUCUUAGAGCUCCUUGUCUUAGGCCAGUUUGGCAGAUAUAGGUAUGAUGGUCAGAAAAUCACAUGCCUGACAUAGCUAUGCCAGCAACACCCUCCCCACAACCCAGAUGCAGCGUAUACCAAGAGAAGAGUCUUUGUGAUGAUCUACUUGAUGUUGUUCAGGGAGGUGGUUUAAGUGUCAUGGUAAAAUAACUCAUUUUGCCAGAGUAUGCUGUGUCUCCACUACAGGGCUUUGCAGGUAUACUUACACCGGUAUAGCUGUAUCAUCAGAGCCAUUGUGGUGUAGACUAACCCUUACUCAUGUGUAUCCUCAGCCCUCCCUCUGAAGACUCUCCCUGGUACCCUGCCGUGCACUGGCCUUUGGCUGUGGUUUGGCCCAUGAUUUUUUAGGACCCGAUCCUAGCCUCAGCUACACCAAUGGGCAACCCCAUUGACUCCAAUGACGUUAGCAAGGUUGCACGGGCAGGGCUGGUGCAAGCAUUAGGCAAACUAGGUGGCCGCCUAGGGUGCAGAGAUUUGGGGGGCGCCGAAAUGCGGUGCCUAAAAAUAGGAGCAGAUAGCAAUCAAGAUGCAGGCUGCAGAUCGCAGACCGUAGGGAGGACAUAGAUAAGAACCACGCUCCCAAUGAAUUGCUCUUCAGCCAUUUAGACAGCCAGCGAUUAGGGAGGUCCUUUGAUUAGAUCGCAGACUAUAGGGAGAGGAUAAGAAUCACGCUCCCAAAGAAUUGCUCUCCGACUCCUGCCAUUUAGAAAGCCAGCAAAGUCCUUUGAUUGUGAAUCGAUAAUUGUACAGACUGCUGUUUUGGUAGGUACAUUAUUACAGUACUAGCUCCUCUGUCCUGAUAUGAAAGAAUGAAGGAAGGACG